AUGCCUCACUCACAUCAUCGGCAUCAACACGCGAGGCGUGACAUCUGGGACGAUAUGGACGACUGGUUUCAUAACCCAUUUGGCGACAAUAACAAGGACAAGACCAAUACUCAGAGGGACACAGAUGGAGGCAAUGGCCCGACUCUCGUUCGCACCGUGUAUAAGACCAUGGCACCGACUUUUGAUGGCCCCGUUGCUGGCUACUCAACAAUGAAUAAAGACCCUAACCCGGAGCCAACUGACGCCCCAAGCCCGACCAAGAAGCCGGAACCUAAGCCUACGCCCAAAGAAAGUACUACGAUCCCGACAAUCAUUCGCAAGCCUAACUCGAGCUCGUCUACCGAAAGCGUUCUUGUCAAAGCAACCGGAAAGCCUACCAUGUCACAAAGCGUCGAUUUCGGCAAUGACAUCACUUCGACGCCCACCCUGAACCUCGCCACUAGCACACCAACGACGGAUUCCAAUACCGCCAAAGAUAGCAGCGGUGAUGGUACCAGCGCCGGAGCAAAGGCAGGCAUUGCCUUCGGUGUGCUGGGAGGUGUCUUUAUUGUCGGACUAGUGGCCUUCCUCCUGUUCAAUCGCCGUCGCAGAAAGGCUGCCGAGCAACGCGAAGCGGACAACGAGAAGUCGCACGGAAACGCCAACCCAUUCGACACCAUGACUAUUCGCAGCGACCCUCACGCACCCCGUAUCAGUUUGCGACCUGUGACUCAGUUUCUUCCCAACUGGAACAUGGACAAGCGCGGGAGCAAAGGUGCUGGUCUUGCAUUGAACUCUGCAGCCGCGGCCGGAGCAAACAGCCAGCAGCACAAUGGCAUGUGGGAGCGUCCAUCAACCAGCCAAAGCAGUCACCCAGCCAAUCCAUUUGGAAACCAGGCCGAGCGCGUUCCCGAACCCACCAUUGAGGAACACAAUUCUGUUCCUCCCAGUGACCCGUUCACUGCUAAUGGACCUGCAAUUGCAGCUGGAGCUGUUGGCGCGGCUGCCGGAGCUGCGGCUGGCGCAGGAGCCGUUGGUCUAACACGAAAAACGUCGAUGCGUAACAACGCGCAAAAGAAUCUUGACCUUACCGUUCCUCCAGCGCUCGGCCCAACUCCUCCUAGCCCUGCCGGAACCGAAUUCAGCGUGUCUUCUGUCACCCCAGGCGCCCCAAUGCCUCCAUCUAACGGCGCGGCAGCAAUUGCGGCAGCUGGUGGUCCAGCAAAUUCAAAUGUGCACAGGGUUCAGCUCGACUUCAAGCCUUCUUUGGAUGAUGAGAUGGAAUUGAGGGCUGGGGACCUUGUUCGCCUCCUUCACGAGUAUGACGAUGGCUGGGCUCUUGUUAUCCGCCUGGAUCGCUCUCAACAAGGCGUCGUUCCUCGAACUUGCUUGUCAACCCGACCAGUGAAACCAAGGGCUCCCCAAGGAGGACCACGACCUGGACCCCCAGUCAACCCUAAUGGCCAGUAUCCCAGAGGUCCAAAUCAACCUCACGGCCCUGGACAACGACCAAUGACUCCUCAGGGCCGACCGAUGACCCCGCAAGGCAGACCAAUGACCCCUCAAGGACGUCCUAUGACCCCCCAGGGCAUGCCGCCUCAAGGUCGACCGCGCAUGGGUCCGGGCGGCCCUGGUGGACCUGGUCCUCGACCGAUGAGCCCGGCAGGACGCCCUCAGAGUCCUGGACCUCGUUAUAAUGGGCCACCUUACAAUGGAGCACCGGGGCCUCAAGGACCCCCAGGACCCCAGGGACCUCCUGUGCAUCCGGGAUAUCCAGGUAGCCGUCCUCAAAGUCCCAGCGGAAUGAACCGACCCAUGGAACAGCCUGGACCUGUGAGCACUUCACAGUCGCCGCCAUCUUCAAGUCCUCUCAAUGGGCCACCAACUGGACCAAUUGGCCGGAAACCAGUUCCUGGCCAAGCCUACUAA